AUGGGAUGGGACGGGCUAUCCAUCAGUCAACACUUUACACGCAACCAACCGGCCCCUCCUAGCCCCUCUCCCUGCUGCCCCUGCUGCCCCUCUGCCCUCUGCUCUCUGCCCCUCUCCCCUGUUGGCCAACAGCCUUGGGUUCCAGGUUCUGGACGUGGGCUGGGCGAUGACGUGCGCGGGUCUUUUCUGUUGCAGGCGAAUUGUACAGCACAUGUCAAACGGACAACAAGCCAUGUGAGCAUCCUUUUGCCCCACCACGCCGUCCAUUCAUCGCCACUCCCACUACUCUUCUUGCAGAGUAGACACGAGAGCCAUGACAGACACGACAGACACGACAGACACGACAGCGUCCGAGAGUGGAAGGGCUCAAAGGGGAAAGGCGCUGGUCUCUUAUCGAUAAGCAGAUCCCUGUUUAUUGCUGCGCUAGCGUGGCGGCUUAGCGUCGAAAAAGUUUGGACGUUUCGUGGUUGGAGGCUUGGUUCUGUGGUUGUGUGA